CGAUGCUUCGCGCAAACCAUGAGCGCACUGCGCACCCGGUCCAUCCUAGUUCCACCGGUUCCUCCUCCUCCUCCUUCUUCCUCCUCGUCGUCGUUCUCGUCGUCGCGUUCGCCACGCACAUUGUCGCUCCUGAGCUUGAGAUUGGGGCUCGCAACUUGGUUCAUCGCUCCACGGCGAUCGCGGACGCAAGGCGCGGGGCCAAAUAGCGAGCCUGCCAUGUCGGAUUCGAACUCGAGUGUUGCUGCUGAUUUGGAUUGCAACGGCAGUGCUCAAUCGGUUCCAAUUGGAGUGGACUAUGCUGAAAUCGUCGUCGUGCGUCACGGUGAAACGGAGUGGAAUGCUGAUGGAAGAAUUCAGGGACAUCUGGAUGUCGAAUUAAAUGAAAUUGGGAGGCAGCAAGCAACUGCAGUGGGUGAAAGGCUGUCCAGAGAAGGUAAAAUCUCUGCAAUUUACUCAUCCGAUCUAAAACGAGCUUUCGAGACAGCAAAUCUGAUUGCAACUGCUUGUGGUGGACUGGAGGUUAUCAAGGAUUCAGAUCUACGGGAAAGAAAUCUAGGGGACCUUCAGGGCCUUCAGCUACGUGCUGCAGCUAGUGUCAGUCCAGAAGCCUACAAAGCCUUUCUUUCACACAAGACAGAUCAAGAAAUUCCAGGUGGUGGUGAAAGUAUUGAUCAGCUUUAUCGGCGCUGCACUGCUUGUUUGCAGAACAUCAGUGUGAAGCACAAAGGAGAACGAAUAGUAGUGGUUACUCAUGGUGGUGUAAUCCGAUCACUUAAUAGGCGGGCUUGCCCAAAUAAACGGUCUGGCAGGAAGGUACUGAAUACUUCUGUCAACAUUUUCCACUUGUCUGAUGGGGACAACUGGGUCUUAAAAUCCUGGGGUGAUGUUAGUCAUCUCAGCCAAACAGAACAUCUGAGCACAGGGUUUGGUGGGGAUAGAACUUCUGGCUAGAUUGCCUAUGCUCGUUGCUGUUCCAGUAGCUUACAAAUAAUGAGGAACGGGAAGAACCAAAAUCAGUGGGAAGAAUUGAGAGAUAGCAUAUGUUGAUUGUUCAAGCGACAUGUGUUAUCUAUCUCGAUGAGCUUAGAAGAUUCCUAUCCUAUGGUCUCUCGACCAAAGUGUUUGGGUUGCCCCCAUUGUUAGAAGUACCCAGAUAAUUACUAAUUGCUUGACAUAGACAACUGUGUCCAGCCACUUAAUUCUGUUUGUUAAGUCUGACUGAUGCAUUAGUAAGUUGAGGUACUGGUGAUUAUAUCUGAUUAAUACCAUACUGGUUUAUUAUUUGCAGUUUUCUUUA